AUGUCAGGUACUAGUGCGCCAGGUCAUAAUUCUGAACCUACAGCAGAUGUAAAGCAGGAAGAAAUUGUUACUAAUGUACCCGUUGACACCAGUGUGACUGUUGUUCAGCCCGGUAGGGAUAACCACACUAACAACAACGGACAAGCUCCUGAUACAGUCCAAAAGGCGGCGGGUGACGGACACACAGAUCCAGAUACAGUCAAUAAAGGUAAUGAUAAAGCAUCCAGUCCAGAUGGGAAUGUGGAAUCUAACAUUAGUAAGAAGUCAACAGUUCCGGAUCUUUAUUCUGAUGACGACUUCUGGAAGUCUUUAUCCGGUGGUCCCUCCCGCUUUGAUGUCUUCGCUGGUGCCAUUCCUACUGAUACUGACAGUACCAAGAGUAGCGGUCAUGUUGACACGGAUCCUUUUGGAUUAAGCAAUCCAGGUUCCCCAUGGCAUUCGUCCACUGACCCAGGGACAGGGAAAUGCGACUCAACUGAUAACAGAGGAUGUGAUCCUAAGGUAUCAUUAGAGCUUACACCAGAUAUAAAUACUGUAGCAGGAUCAUACGUACCACCGAAUGGAACACACCGAACAUCUAAUACUCCGGACGUGAACCACACGCAACCCCUUCCCCCCGGUUCUGGUGGUCCGGCAUCGCCCGACCUAACGAACACCGUCCUUACCGCCACUACCCCGAUCCUUUUGUUCGUCGCUUCCGUCACCGUGGCCCUCCUUGGUUAUUCCCUUUGGAAGCCCCUGAACGCUAAACCUAACCCCAGAACCCUAAAUCUUUGA